UCCGACCGUGCACGCUCGCUCCGGUCGUGGCUCUCGGCCUCCAUUCUGAAUUUGUGAUUGUGUUCGAGGAAUUUAUCCAGCGGACGCGACAACGUGCAACAGUUGUACUCUCCACGCCAGCGACGGUGUUCGACCGCAGCGCUGAUCCAGGAAGCAUCCAGCAUCCAAAGGUGAAACCUGCAACUUUUCCCAACUUGCUGACAAUGAUGUGAGACAAGUCAAUCCUGUUCACAAUGGCCGCCACAGACUGUAAACCCAUGGACACCCAUGAGGACGAGAGCUCAGCACAACCUACGGCUCCGACCACAGUUAUUCCAGCAUCAGCUCUUCCAAACUCUGCAUCCACCUCGGCUCCUUUUACAGUCAUCCCCUUUUCGAAGCUGUUUUCCGUCUUCCAAUCCUCAAAUACGACCACGGAUGCAACUGUUGUCCCACUCAAAAUUCCUUUGUCCGGCAAUAAUCUGGAGACCCUGCCUCCUGACACCAACGAUUGCAACUCGUCUGUUGCUUCACCAGCCAAACCUGCUGAGGGUCUGCCAGCAGUCCUCCAGCUGAGUGGUCAAGAAGCUUCCGUUUCUUCAACAACGCCGUCUGCUUCUGCUGCUCAGCCGAGCGAUCCGAAAACCAAUGUGGUGCAAAUCUUGUCUUCUUCUUGGCCCGUUAGCAUCUCUGAUUUUGAAGUUGCUUGUCCUUCUUCUUUGACACACGAAGGUGUGACAGUAACUCUGAAAAACAGCACUCUAUGGAACAAGUUUUACAAAUGUGGGACUGAGAUGAUAGUCUCAAGACCAGGCCGCCAGAUGUUUCCAAAUUGCUCCUAUCGUCUGAGUGGUCUAGAUCCCGAUCGGCAGUACAGUAUGGUCUUAUCUGUUGUUCCAACACUUCCCCAUAGGUAUCGCUGUGUUGCAUCCAAAUGGGAUGUCAAUGGACCAGCAGACAACUUGAAACAGAGUGUAAGCCGAGCCAUUGUCCAUCGAAAUUCACCAUGCUCUGGCAGACGAUGGAUGCAAUCCAAGUUAGAAUUUCAUAAGCUAAAGUUGACCAAUGAUCAUCAAAAUACAAACGGAUACAUAAUCAUCCACUCUAUGCAUCGGUACAUACCUAGACUGCAUAUUAUCCCAGUGCCUGACGGAGUCGAUGUCACACCCUCCCAGCCUGUUGCUAUGGGAUCGCAAAGCAUCACCUUUACCUUCCCUCAAAUGGAAUUCAUGGCUGUGACAUGUUAUCAAAAUAUCGAGGUCAUUCAAUUAAAGAUUGAUCACAAUCCAUUGGCAAGGAGUUUCAAAAAGGGUUCGAGAAAAGUUGUGGAUAUUGUGGACGAGGAAGAUGAGGUUGAUGAUGAUGAUGACGACGACGAGACCACCUCCACCAAUAGCAAAGAGGAUUCAGUGGUAAAGAAGGAUGAGAAAAAAGUAAAGCCAUUUGAGGCUGCCAGCAAAAAAUGUGAAGACGGUUCGUCAGCACAAAGCCUCAGUGAGGACAGGAAACAAACUGUUGGUUUGGAUAAUAUGGAUGGUCCCUCCCUGAAAUGCACAAAAGAGUCCAUUCACAGAGAAGAGCCACAGAAUACCAAAAAGAGCCUGAGCACUGCUUCUCCACCCAAUACACCGGCACCGCUUCUGAAAAACAAAUUCUCAAAUGUGGUACUGAGGCCCAUAUCGUUUUCACCGCAACUGAAAAGACAAAGAUACACACCCUGUAUCAGAGGAGGUCUCGCGCUUGGCGAGCUUUUUGUCGUGGAGGAUGACGAAGCAAACCUGGAUGAGGCUCCUAAUAAGAAACGCAAUUUCAUCUGGGGCCACACAUCCCCAGAAUCUUCUCCCGGGUACCGCAAAAGCAAAAAGAAGACGUAUAACCGCGCCAAGUGUAACACCUGGACGACCUCCCAUACAGCACAGCAUGACGCUGUGCAACCACAGGUGGAUGAUGUGGAAGGCCAACUGUUUGUGUCAUUCACAUCAAAGGAGCACCUUGAUUCACAUACCAAGGUUGAUGGAACCAAAAGCUCAACUUUAGAAUCUUCACUAGCGCCUAUUACCAGCACACCAUCUGAUACACCAAAAGAGGAGGAGGCUCUUGAGACUCAAGAGGAGAGCUUGGCCCGUUUAGAGGACUCCUUGAAAAUGGACCUUGGUGCUCUAAAACAUAGGCAGGUUAUCCAUCCACAACUCCAGGAAGUGGGUUUAAAGCUGAGCAGUCUUGAACCAACUGUGUGCGUGGACCUGCAAUAUCUUGGUGUUGCACUACCUCCACCCCCUCAAACCCCAACCGAAGCAUUACCGUCAGAGCAUUUUGUGUCCAGGACUGGGAAGACGAGUGACGUGACAAAAAUAAAGGGAUGGAAAAACAAGUUUGCUCAAAGCAAGGAGAGCACUUUGCAGAGCAACGGAUCAGAGAAGAACUUAUCUGCCUUUUGCAGCGACAUGCUCGACAAGUACUUGGAGAAAGAAGCCCUGCAAAUCAGUGAGCGAGCCGCUGCCUUCUCCACCUGCCCCGAGGGCUCAGUGGCCUAUCAGCUGCCUGCUCAAAGUUCCAGUUAUGUCAAAACCCUGGACAGUGCACUGAGGCAUCGGAAUGCUGCAACCCUUGCAUCCAAGUCACCAAUGGCCACACAGGAUGAGCCCUUGGAUCUGUCGAUGCCAAAACAUGGGGAGAUUGGUUCCCUAAGUCACUCCACUGUCACAAAAACCAAGAAGAUGAGAUCAGAUUUUGCGCACUUACUUGGGGCAAAGAACCGCCCCCAAUUCCUAUCCAAGUUUCACACCAAACUGCAGCAGAUGGAGAUGAAGGCCAUCAGCAAGGGCCCGGAACGAACACAGAUGACAGCAGACAGGGUCUCGUCGGCUCUCUCUGCGAUUGUAACAAAAAAGGCUUGGAGCCGUAAGAUUGAUGAAGAGCCACAGAAAGCGAAUGACAAAGUGGAUGAGCCCGUCUGUGGCCGUGCCUUUUGCAGACUGGGCUGUGUGUGUGUCAGUCUCAAAGUCUGUAACAAAGGCCCAAACCAUUGCCAGCGGCCGGGCUCCAUCUUGGACCGUAACUGCUUCAAGAUUCCCCAGCAGCCCGCAGAGAAAGGAGCAGAGCAGAGUCCUGUUCACUCAAUAGCUAACACGGAUCAUGACUACCAGGCUCGUCGUGUGCUCCACAUGAAUAGACUAUGGGCCAAGACUGUUUUUGACGAUGAUCCAGAACCAUUGCACAUCCCUGCAGCACCCCUUUCUGUCUCCACUGCACCCCGAAAUAUGAUUGAAAAGGUUGUUGAGGAGGAGAAGGAUCCUGUGUACAAAUACUUGGAGAGCAUGAUGACAUGUGCACGUGUAAGACCCUUUGACUGCCUGCCUGUACAACCCACCGAAUUAGGUCACAAUGGUCUGCACCCUGUUGAAUCAAAGUCAAAAAUGAAAUCAGAAAUCAAAGAGGACCAAGUGCAGACGGUGGAUAAAACAUCUUUGUUGACUGUUAAUCUUUCAGGAGAUUCCAGAUCGAAUGAAAUGCAGGCUAGCAAGCAGAUUGAAAUUGAAUCUGCCUGUAACUGGAAGAAGGAUCAGAAAAUGAUCCUGGAAGGAAUAUUCCGUCAGAUAGAGAGGAAGAGUUUGUCUGAGAAAUUCUGCGUUGGACCGUAUUGUAUCAAUCCCAUAACACGGAUCUUCAUGAAGAAGCCCAGCGGGUGCUUUCUCACCUACAGGAUCCGCAUCAGCCACAAGCAUGAAGUGCUUGUUAGAAUGGGUGACCACCGUGUGGAAGAGAAUGUAGACAUCAAGAGCACUGAAGAUGAGGGCGACGACAGUUUAAAGCAUAUCAUGGCUGCAAACAAGUUUGGAGUGGUGCCCUUCAUGAUGGGAGUGACCCCUGCAGGAAUAUUGACUGCCAAUAAAGUGCCCUCCGGUGGUCACACAACCGGACGGAUACAGGUUAAUGGCAAAUGCUACAAUCACACCAAGCUUUUGUUGGGGAACAUGGGAGCACUGCAUCCUGCAAAUCGUCUUGCUGCAUACAUUACUGGCAGGGUGGCCAGGACACGCCUUGCAAAAACGAACAGCUCAACCACAGACACUACGAAGCCUGCGACUCCAGUCACGGCGCAGAACAAAACGGUAGCGGCUUCAACUGUACAAGCAGCACCUUCUACUGCUUCUGCUGCUGUGGCUUCUCUGACCACCAACCCAAAGAAUGCCGCUGUGGAGUCAGGUCAAGGCUCUGGUGCCAAGAUACCAGCAGCUUUGCUUCAAUUUGUGCCACAGCAAAAAGACACAAGACCAAUUCCCCCCAAAAGCCUGGUGACUACACCUGUGUCCCUCACUGUGUCUUCGUCCCUGAAACAGCCAAGAUUUUCCACAUUCAGGAUCUAUCCACCAAGAUCCAACGGUGCCCAAGGCCAGACCCAGCUAGGGCUCCGUCUACCAGGUGGUUUCACUCUUUGCAAGCUACCGAAACCUGGAGCUCCAGAAAGUGAAGCCAGCUGUCAGAGUACUGCGAGCAUACCGGAGAACGUUCAGAAAACAUCUAGAGUGGUAUCUGAGGCUCAAAAAGCUCCACUUUCCAUUCCUGACUCGGCAACUUCUCCUCAGUAUGACUCUGAUGAGAGUAGGAAAUCCACAGUCUGCAGCAAUAAAGAACCUGGAAGAGGGAAAUUGACACUUGAUCAGGGCGUGAGCUCUGAAGAUGACGGCGCUGACACUUCCGACUCAGAAGUUGAUUUUGUGGACAUCAUGACUGUCCAGGAAGAACUGGGAAAAUGUGUGGAGAAGCUGAAAGAAAAAAUCAAAUGCGAACGGAAUCAUAAGGGAAUGUCUGUGGAACCCCUCACCUGUCAGAACCCCAGAGAAGAGCGCACAGGUCCUUCUAGGCGGUCCAAUCACAUAGAGAUGGAAAGACAACGACGUUCAGAACAGAGGGAACUUUUCAACAAACUCCAGACAGUACUGCAGAGCAACCUCAGAUCUUCGAGGCUCCAUCUUCUAGAAGUGGAUAAAUCGGAUAAUGUCCCGCAGACCUUCCGCAGACCUGUCUCACACGUAGAAGUGGAAAGGCAAAGGCGUUCAGAGCAGCGAAAACUUUUUGGCAAUCUUCAGUCCCUUCUCGAGAGCUGUCCCAGGACUUCCAAGCUGCAACUUCUCUCACUGACAUUGAAAGAAAUCAAACAUUUGCAGGAGACAGCGAAACGCUUGGAACAGACCAAAAAGAUGUUGCUUAUACAGCAGAAUGAAUAUUUGAAGCAGCUGGAAGUUUAUACUGGCACAUCCAAGAAAGUGAUCAAAGACAAGCUGUCGGACGUGUGCGAGAAACAGAAGCUUCGAGAGAAGAACCUUAAAUGGCGACCUCUCUUUUCCCACCUUCUCCAGACCAAUGCUGCUCUGCUGCAAGUCAUCACUCCUCAGUCGAAGGUGGCGACGACUCCUCUCCUUGUGCCUGAUACCCCUUUAGGUCCAUUUCAGAGCUCUAAGGACCAAACUGAAACCCAGAGCGGGUCUCAGACUACAACCAAGAAAGAAACAGUCGGCCCUGUUGCCCAGAAAAGCCCAGAAGUCACGGAGGACAACGAUAGUGAUGAUGAUAGUGACCUAAGUGCAAAUGAAAACUGCCUAGAGCAGACUACAGAAGAACCUGAUGUGAAGGAUGAGGCUGAGCCAAUGCCUCUGCUGAUAACUAUGGACCCAGAAGAGGCUCGUGCCCACUGGAACAGCCUGACUUCUACGGAACAGCAAGCAAAGGAUCAGAACUCUCAGACAAACCUUCAAAUGGAACAGUUGCCUGUCUCCUUAAAUGAUGAUAAAAGCGUGUUUGGUGUGAAGGAAGAACCUGGUGAGUCCAAUGCUAAGUCUGAUAAGGAUUCAACCCAGGUCCCGGCCCCACAAGAAGGUCCAGCCAGGGUCAAUGAAGUGUCGCUCAGUUUUCCUUUGGUGCGCACCAAGGACGGCGGACUCAUACUUCCAUCGUAUCUCAAGCCAGCCCAGGAAACAGAGGUGGAUGAAGAUGGCUCGUGCAGUUCCGCCGCCACCAACAAUCCAAAGCCGUCCUCUGUACCGAGAUUGACUCUCUCAGAGAGGUCUGUUCUCUUGUCUGGAUGUAGUCGUAAGCAAGUUGAAAAUCAACAAAACAACAGCCCUGGGACUGGCCAACGGAAGAGAGGGCGACCGAGAAAGGAGGCCGCAACACAAGAACAAAGAGUGUUUCGACCUUCCAGUUGUAUCAACAGGUCAUCUGUGCAUGGGGAAGCUAAGCGUCCGAGAGGAAGGCCGCUGAAGAGUAAAUCUGGGAAAUCAGAUGUCAACUUUGACAGUGUGUUUCGCCUGCCUAAGACCCAGUUGGUGUCUCAGAACCCCCCCUCAUCUCGACCUCAAACACGCGCUUCUUUAGGCAAGGACUUCCCCAGUGAAAAGAGGAGGUCUUGGAUAGACUUGGAAAGGGACCUGGAGUCUGAAGUGGAUGCUGAGGGACUGAAAUGAAUGUCUUUGGAGAUAAAACACUGUUCCCUCUGAGUCACCAGAUGUGCCUGGAUGGAAUACUUGAUGCUGCUCUUUUCUGUAGGUUUUUGUGGCGGCAUACGUGUUCACCUGAGGAAUGUAAUGCAUUAAUGCAGCUGAUGGACGUUUUGUUUUAAAUCAAAAAUCUCAGUCUGUGUUACCACUUUUUGUUCCACACUAAAUGUUUCACUUGAGGGUUUCUUUCGUUUGUUCUCAAUGUCCGCACUGUUAAUAUCAAUAUCAACUGUCAAUUAAAUUAUUUAAUAUCCA